AUGUCUCUCUCAUUCAGAAUUGGCUACAAAUCUAAUCUCAUUCCAAUCACAUUGCCUCUCAACGAUACCGUCCUCGGACUCAAACAGCAUCUUACUUCACAUACCGAUAUCCCACCCGAGAACCAAAAGCUGCUCUGGGGAGGAAAGAUACUUCAGAAUGACCAACAACUGGCAGAUCUCCAACUAUCUCAAGACUCCAAGAUCACGUUGAUGGGAAGCCAACCCCGACAACUCAAAGAGGCUGCCGAGAUUGAUAAGAAGCUCAACGAGCGACUCACGCUUGCCCCUAGACUUCACAAAAAGACAAUUAAGCGUACUCCAAAGACAUCCGAAGACCACAAGUAUACAUUCCAUCGCAUCACAACUCUUCCCGAAUUCCCAAACCCUGAUCAAGCACACAAAUUACUAGAACGACUAAGAGACGAUCGUGGGGUACGCGCAAUCAUGAAGGCACGACAAUGGUCUGUGGGAGAAUUAAUUGAAUUGACACCAUUUGAAGCGACACUUUUGGGAUAUAAUCGGAAUUCUGGGCAAUUGAUUGCAAUUAGACUGCGCACAGAUGAUCUCUCGGGAUUCCGACAUUACGAUUCCAUUCGAAAAGUGCUUCUCCACGAACUCACUCACAAUGUGUGGAGUGCACAUGACGAUAAUUUUCAUGAACUCAAUAGACAGCUCAAUAAGGAUGUUGUAGCUUUGGAUUGGACAGCCCAUGGUGGCCGAUCGUUGGAUAAUGAGGCAUACUAUGAUCCAGAAGAAAGGGAGGAAGGGACAUCAUGGGAAUCAGGAACAUAUAGAUUAGGAGGUAGUCGAAGUACGCCCGAUUUGUCUCAGAGAGAAUUGAUAGCUAGAGCAGCAUCUGGUCGUCUCACAAAAAAGGAAGAACAAGAAAUGGAUAAUGGGUGUGGUUCACAUCAAGGAUAA